UGAAACCAAACUGUUUAUCAGAUCUCAGACCGAAGCCAACUUCACUAUAGGAAUGUUUAAAAGUAGUAGAGACUGUAAUAAAAUUUGUUAGAUUCAAUUUCUCAGACUCUCAAUGGAAGACGCGUACGCUAGAUCCAUCACCGAGGUUUUGGAUUUUUUCGGGGUUGACCCUGGAAAGGGGCUCAGCGAUUCUCAGGUGGCGCUACAUUCAAAAAUUUAUGGUAAAAACGUGCUGCCUGAAGAGACAAGAACUCCCUUUUGGAAAUUGGUUCUAAAACAGUUUGAUGAUUUGCUUGUUAAAAUAUUGAUUGCUGCUGCUGCUGUUUCUCUCGUUUUGGCUUUGAUUAAUGGGGAAACAGGCUUGGCAGCUUUUCUGGAGCCUUUUGUCAUCCUGUUGAUUUUGGCUGCAAAUGCAGCUGUAGGUGUAAUUACAGAAACAAAUGCUGAGAAGGCUCUUGAGGAAUUACGUGCCUAUCAAGCUGAUAUUGCUACUGUGCUGCGAAAUGGUUGUUUUUCCAUACUUCCUGCUACCGAGCUUGUUCCAGGCGAUAUUGUGGAAGUCAGUGUGGGAUGCAAGGUUCCUGCUGACAUGAGAAUGAUUGAGAUGCUAAGUAAUCAGUUACGUGUUGAUCAAGCAAUCCUUACUGGUGAGAGCUGUUCUGUUGAAAAAGAGCUUGAGUCCAUCAUAGCAACAAAUGCUGUGUACCAAGACAAAACAAAUAUUAUUUUCUCGGGUACAGUAGUGGUUGUGGGCAGGGCACGAGCUGUUGUUGUUGGAGUUGGGGCCAAUACUGCCAUGGGGAACAUCCGCGAUUCCAUGUUGCGGACAGAUGAUGAAGCAACUCCAUUGAAGAAGAAGUUGGAUGAAUUUGGCACUUUUUUGGCUAAGGUUAUUGCAGGGAUUUGUAUACUUGUGUGGAUUGUAAACAUUGGUCACUUCCGUGACCCUUCUCAUGGCGGGUUCUUGCGUGGUGCAAUCCACUAUUUCAAGAUUGCAGUUGCCCUUGCGGUUGCAGCAAUUCCUGAAGGGCUUCCAGCAGUCGUUACAACGUGUUUGGCUCUUGGAACAAAGCGUAUGGCUCGGUUGAAUGCCAUUGUGCGGUCUUUGCCAUCUGUGGAGACAUUAGGCUGCACUACAGUAAUCUGCAGUGAUAAGACCGGAACAUUGACAACUAAUAUGAUGUCAGUCUCAAAGAUAUGUGCUGUUCAUUCUGUUCAUCGCGGUCCAACUAUUGCUGAAUACAGUGUAAGUGGGACAAGUUAUGCUCCAGAAGGCAUGAUUUUUGGCAGCAGUGGAUUGCAGAUUGAAUUUCCAGCACAGUUGCCAUGUCUUCUUCACAUUGCAAUGUGUUCGGCUGUUUGCAAUGAGUCUAUCUUACAAUAUAAUCCAGACAGGGGAAUCUAUGAAAAAAUUGGGGAGUCCACUGAAGUGGCGCUUCGUGUUCUGGCAGAAAAGGUUGGCCUUCCUGGUUUUGAUUCCAUGCCCUCUGCACUGCAUAUGCUGACCAAGCAUGAGCGCGCGUCGUACUGUAAUCAGUAUUGGGAAAGCCAAUUCAAAAAGGUUUCUGUUUUGGAAUUCUCUCGUGAUCGAAAAAUGAUGUCUGUCUUAUGUAGUCGGAAGCAGACAAAGAUUAUGUUUUCAAAAGGUGCUCCAGAAAGUAUUGUCUCUAGAUGCUCCAGUAUUCUUUGCAAUGAUGAUGGUUCUACCGUACCAUUGUCUGUUGCUGUCCGAGAUGAGUUAGAGUCAAGGUUCCACAGUUUUGCAGGAAAAGAAACAUUGAGGUGCCUGUCUCUAGCUUUCAAACAGAUGCCCAUUGGUCAACAGACUCUCUCCUUUGAAGAUGAGAAGGACCUUACAUUUAUUGGGUUGGUUGGAAUGCUUGAUCCACCUAGAGAGGAAGUGAGAAAUGCUAUGCUUUCAUGCAUGACUGCUGGUAUACGUGUUAUAGUUGUCACUGGGGACAACAAGUCAACGGCAGAAUCACUUUGUAAUAAGAUUGGUGCUUUUGAUCAUUUGGAAGAUUUUGCUGGACGCUCAUACACUGCUUCUGAGUUCGAAGAGCUUCCGGCUUUGCAGCAAACACUGGCUUUGCAACGCAUGGCACUUUUUACCAGGGUUGAACCUAGUCAUAAAAGGAUGCUGGUGGAGGCCUUGCAACAUCAAAAUGAAGUGGUGGCAAUGACUGGUGAUGGUGUCAAUGAUGCACCUGCACUAAAGAAAGCAGAUAUAGGAAUUGCCAUGGGAUCUGGAACAGCAGUUGCAAAGAGUGCUUCAGAUAUGGUUUUGGCGGAUGACAAUUUCGCUUCCAUUGUUGCGGCUGUUGCAGAGGGAAGGGCUAUAUACAAUAAUACAAAGCAAUUCAUUAGAUACAUGAUCUCCUCAAAUAUCGGUGAAGUAGUUUGUAUCUUUGUGGCAGCUGUACUUGGAAUACCUGAUACCCUUGCUCCUGUCCAACUGCUCUGGGUCAAUUUGGUUACUGAUGGGUUGCCUGCCAUUGCUAUUGGUUUCAACAAGCAGGAUUCUGAUGUAAUGAAGGUUAAACCGCGAAAGGUAAACGAAGCAGUUGUUAGUGGGUGGUUGUUUUUUCGUUAUUUGGUAAUUGGAGCUUAUGUUGGCCUUGCCACCGUUGCGGGAUUCGUGUGGUGGUUUGUAUAUUCUGAUACGGGUCCCAAACUACCAUACAAAGAACUGAUGAAUUUUGACAGUUGCUCAACAAGGGAGACAACUUACCCGUGCAGUAUAUUUGAUGAUAGGCAUCCAUCAACUGUAUCCAUGACAGUGCUUGUUGUUGUUGAGAUGUUUAAUGCUUUGAAUAAUCUCAGUGAGAAUCAAUCUCUUCUUGUUAUCCCUCCCUGGAGUAAUUUAUGGCUUGUUGCUUCAAUUGUCCUGACUAUGCUCCUUCAUAUACUGAUCUUGUAUGUGCACCCGCUAUCUAUUCUUUUCUCUGUAACGCCAUUAUCUUGGGCUGAGUGGAAAGUUGUCUUGUAUCUUUCCUUCCCUGUCAUAAUUAUUGAUGAAAUCCUGAAGUUCUUCUCAAGAAAUUCCACUGGCCUGAGGUUGGGUUUGAGAUUCAGAAGACCUGAUUUGCUUCCAAAAAGAGAAUUGCGUGAUAAGUGAGAAGGAAGCUUUGUGCAAUCAAGUUUCGUACCUGCGUCAAGGCCUACUAUACACAAUUUUUCCUUCCAUUAAUACAUUAAAGUUGAAUGAACCUUCAACUGGUUUCCCUUUGCAUGUAUUUGUCUGCAAGGAUGGAAGUUAUAGAGAAUGGGGUUAUCCAGCACAACUCGCAAUUUGUUUCCUCGCACCAUGCAAGAUGCCUUAUCGUUGUACCAAAUAGCAAAAUAGGCCCGUUUAUGUUGAGUUUCCAUCAUCAGGGCCCAAAGAAAUGUUGGUGUUAACUGGUUGGGCCACCAAGCUUUUUCUUGAAGUUAUGGAUGAACAGAUAGUGAUUUGCUCUUGGAAAGGAAGCUUCUGUUGAUAAACUGGGCCAUCAGUCCAUAAACCCUAGUCAAUUGUCAUGCAUUAAAUUAUUUUGAGAAAACAAGAACGACCCAACAUACGAGAAAGUUAUAUGCGUUACAGGAUCCCUUAUUUUUGCAUUAAUAUAAUUAGUCAAGUUUCAUGCUCUCA